AUGACGGCCCCACCAUCGCCAGGGCCGCGUCUGCCCAGUGCGAACGUCGUGCUCUUCGCCGUCCAAGUCGCGGUCUCCAUUGGCGUCUUCCUGUUCGCCCCCGACGGGUCGUGGGCGCCUUCCGGCCGUCCUGACGCCCCGAUCGCUGGCUCGGGAGCCACAGACAGCAGCGGAUCACUGGCUCCAGCGUCUUCAAAGGUCUCUGCAGUCCCUUUGAUGCUAAACAACGGCCCGCUCGCCCCUCCCGCCUACGUGCUGUACAUCUGGAUCCCCAUCUACCUCUUCAUGGGCAGCACAGUCGUUAUCGACCGCUUCUACCCGACCUACAGCUUCUACUCGACGUCAGACGACCCCACGUUCCUCCGCCAGUGGUUCCAGCUCGCCUGUCUGGCCAACAUGUCGUGGGUUGUGCUCGACAAGUGGAUCAGCUGGGUGCACAUGGCUACGUUCGCACUCGGCGUGCUCUGGUGUGCGGUGCUCCCGCUCUACUUGUUCAUCGUGCGUCACCCUACGCCACGAGACUCGCGAGCGUGGAUCUACUACUUUGGCAGCGAAUUCUCCGUGCGCCUCUACUUUGGAUGGCUCAGUGCUGACUUCAUCUUCAGCCUCGCAGAUGCACUGCAGUACCUGCACGGAGGUUACUUUGGAUUCAGCGUCUAUGCUGUAUUAUUGGGGACGCUGCUACUGCUGGCGUUCGCUACUUACGUCCAUGGUCGAGACCCGGUGGUCGGUCUUGUUGUCACGUGGAGCCUGCUAGGCUUACUCUUGAAGGACUCGUCGCUCUCGGAUGAUACGCGAGAGGUCUUUGAAAAGCUGCAGGCUGUCGCCGUCGUUGUCGUACCUGUGUUUCCGAUCCUUCUGUUCAUCGACAGCGUUCGUUAUGCCUACGUCGUUCGUCGUAAAGCGCACCCAACCGGUAGCAGCAGCAGCAGCGAGUACUACAAACCGUUUGUGUUCGAGACCACGGCCGAGUACGGGACGGUGUGA